CCCCAAGCUUGCUCUCGACCCUCAUCCGCGCGCUCGUGAAGGGACCUCAGCAGCUUUCCGGUUCUCCUUCUCCCUCGACACUACUCGAUCGUUUACCUGUGUGUCGUUCCCUCCUUCCCUUACCCUCCCGCUCUUUUGAACUUGGGUAUUAUCCGCGAAGCAUUAUCGGUAAAGAUGAUUGCCUCGACUUUGGUUGUGCUUGCUGCUGCUGCGCUCGGUGUCGCGUCGCCGACGCGGAGGGCUCAGGCGUCCGUGUUUACGCAGUGCAAGAAGGCGAACACGGCGGCGCUUACCUUCGAUGACGGUCCGUACGAGUAUCUCUACGACAUCUCCGGCAAACUCCUCGAGAAGGGCGCGAAGGGCACGUUCUUCUUCAACGGAAACAACUGGGGCUGCAUCUACGACGAGGCCAACGCUGCGCGUGUCAAGUACGCGCACGAUGCCGGCCACCAGAUCGCAAGCCAUACCUGGAGCCACCCGCACCUGAACGACCUUUCGUGGGAUCAGCUCCACGACGAGAUGUACCGCGUCGAGGAUGCAUUCCAGAAGAUCGCUGGCGUCAAGCCUGCCUUCGUGCGCCCGCCCUACGGCGAGUACAACGACCAGGUCCGCGAGGUCGCCGGCAUGCGCGGUCAGAGCAUUGUCACUUGGGACUUCGAUGGCGGUGACGGUGUUGGCGUCUCUGCGGACGACAACAAGGCCCACUAUGACCAGAUUGCCUCUGAGCAUCCCGACACCAUCCUCGCGCUCCAGCAUGAGGUUUACUCGAGCACUGCGUACGACGUCGUCCCCCACGCCAUUGACGUCCUCCAGGCCGCCGGCUACGAGCUGGUCACCGUCGCAGAGUGCCUCGGCAUGGACGCGUACCAGAGCGAGGGCCAGCCGAGCGAGAGGGACGACUCGUGGCACUGCUAAGCGCUCAUAAUCCACCCCCUCUGCUCACGCAUACCGCUCAUCGUCCACGCAUACUCAUCUCACGAACUUCCUGGAUAUUGUCACGGUCCCGACGACCUCUGUUAUGGUCCCGACGACCCCUAAUACCCCUCGGACCUUCACGCGAACGAACUAAUUACAUCUUGCGGCUACAAGCGACUCGAACAGUAAUUUUACACGUACGUGUAUCAUCGGCCAAGCGAGACUCUUGCCUCGUAGUGUAGUGCUUCGGUCAGCUUGUACGGGUACAGUGCUUGGAUUCAGGGUUUAGCUUACAGGCGUCCGUAAUGCAGCUAAUAGUAUACCAACCUCUUGCCUAGCAGGGGUCAUGGCUUGUUACGA